AUGCCAGCCACCACGCGGAGCAAAACCAAGCAAUCUCAUCUAGAAGACUUCGGAGCCAAAGACACUCGUACGCACGAUGCACCAAAAUCGAGAAAGGAUUCUGCAUCGAAGGACAAGCAACCUAAAAAGUCGGAUUCAAAACAGCUAAAGGCAAAGCCGGAGCCAACAUCCAAGACCAAACCGUCUCCCUCGAAACCCCAGCCCGAGCAGAAACAAUCACAAUCACCAUCCAGGAAGCGCAAGCACCCCCAAAAGCCUCAACCCGACACCGUUCCAGCAUCCAAGAAAUCCCGCCAACAACACCACAGCACCACAUCCAGCGAACAAACCUCCGAUCGCACCCCCGACACCAAACCAAUCAUGAUCAACCGCUCGCCCGUCCUACAACUCUGGUCCGCUUGUGUCGCACAACACCUCUACCCGGAGCUAUCCUGGGGCACCAGUCUGGCCGUCGGAUCCGCGAUCUCUACGCUCUGCGCCAUCGCCAAGGGCAAAUCCAUCGGCACGAUCGAGGAGCGGGAGAAAACGCCCGAGGAAAAGGCCGCGCAGACGGCACAACGCCGCGCUGCUGAGGCCGGUGCGGACCGCGAAGUCCAGGUCAUGGGGUUCCGAUUGUACAUCAAAGGCCAAGACGUGAUUCUGCAGGGCAAGCCGAAGCACGGAAACGAGGGCGCCUUGAAGGCCAAGUUCGGAGGAGACGAGAACUACGGACGGGCGAAGACGGUCAUGGACGAUGCGAUCACGAGUUGGACGGCAUCCGACAAAAAAGGGGAAUUGAAUGCAAAGGCUUUUCAUAUGUAUGAAGAGUUUCGGCCGAGCGUGCAGGGUGGGCAGGGUGGAUGGGGCAAGAAAGGUGCACUGGAGUUGGAUCGGGUGAGGGAGGCGGUCGCGAGGAAGUGA